AUGAUCAAGCGGGCCAAUAUGGUUCUGGGGCCCAAGCCGACCAAGGCAUGCGUCAACUGUCGGAGACUGAAGAUGAAAUGUGAGGUCUCAGGGGAUCCUCCAUGCCGUCGUUGCCGACACAAUCAGACGCCAUGUAUCUUUAAACCCAGAGCAAACGCGUCUGCAUUGCAUGAGUUGGUUGAAGAGGCCCACAGUGAGCUUCAGGCUUCUCGGUCAUCAACAUAUGAUCAACGAUCCGUUCUCGACCGACUAGAUCGAAUUGAGGCCGCACUGGGAAUUAGCCAGGAUGCACCGCAAACAAGUGUCUCGGUCACUGAGAGUUUGGACUUGGAUGAUGAACCAUAUUUAGUACCCCUGCAGGGCGUCUGGAAAGCAGUGGCUCACCUGAGGUCUAUAACACGCCCUGCGCCGGAUGAAAGUAUGUGGUCCAGGCCAAUUGUGAAACGCCUUUGGAGCUCAUUCCUGAAUAAUCUGCCACUUCUUCAUUUCUUGAAAGACCGAGAUGUAUUUACGUCGCCCACACCAUUACUUCUAGCUUCUGUGCUCUAUAUUUCUGCCCUUCACCACCACCAGCCCGAGUUGGCGGCUAUGGAAUCAGGCUACUUUGCAGCCACAUGCAGCGCAAUCGCCGAGCUGGUGACGCCGUGCUUAAAGCGAGAUGAAACUGUGGAAAGCGAUUCCUGUACUGAUGGAGAGCCAAUGGACGAUUCGAGAAGCAAGGAAGACAAGGUCUUUCAUAACAUUUUAGGCUUGAUCAUGGCGAGCCUAAGCUCUGAAGCUUAUAUCGACGCAACUGGCUCAUGGAUCGCAAUCGCAUACCGUCUCUGGCUAGAUCAUUGUCCCUCGGAAAUGGAAACUUCCACCCCUGACUGGCGAGGAUUAUUUUGUGGUCUCCAGGUCAUUGAUAUCGAGCAUGCGUCAAUGCACAUGACCCAUCCCCUGCUGCCUCGACAGCCACCGAAAUCUGAUAUCCAGCGUCUAGAAACUCAACAUGGAAACGCCUUCCAAGGUCUCGCUGAUAUGAUGCACUACGGCUUGAGCCAUUUUGUUGGCAAAGGCUUGCCGACUAUCUGGUGCUCAAUAAAUGCCGACAUUUCCGGCAAUAUCCCCGCUCCACAGUCCUCGUUCUCGGACCACGAUUCUGAUGUCAUUCGGCUUUGGGCACGUAAGCUAGAUGAUUGGCUGGUGCGAUAUAACGGAACAUCCCAGCCUAGUGCUUCAGAUCGACAGGGAAUUCUGAUACUAUUACAGUAUCAUUUACACAAGCUUUUUGUGCUGUCAAUAUACCACCCUGCUCGGGGGUUUGAUUUGAGCUCCGCAAAGAUCACCCCUGUCGAGAGACAUGAGCUGCUUGUUUCAGCAAGAGCUGUGCUGAGGCUGCGGCAAGAUGAUGCAAGCAUUUGGUCCAAUUGGGAUCUAAUCAUGAUAACUUGGGCCGCUAUGCUACUGCUACGUGGUGUAGAAGAUGGCAUGACACACCAAGAUGAUCUUCAUCUCAUUCAAGCACAUCUCCAAAGCCUCGAACGAAGUCAUCAGUCGGCAGCCAGCAUUCACACCGUUCUAUCCCAGCGCCUCGAAUCAAGCAUGCAGGCCAUGCACACUCCCCCGGAUACCAGCUCAGUAUUAGCAUUCCCUGGACCAAUGGUCGAUGACUCAUGGACUAUUUUCGACCAAGAAAUCAUGUCCCUGGCUAAUCCGCCUUGGCUGUUCCAAGACCCAACACCUUUUCCACAAACGCAGAAACCUUCAACACAAACAGUUCCAGAUGUCCAGCAUGGCUUGCCCUAUGACUCUGGUCUUUUGACACACACCGCCCAGCAAUUUUCAGCCAGUAACCAAUGGGGCAACGCGGAACAAUUGCCUGGUGCACUGCCAUCUACGUUGAAUAGAAUAUUUGGAAAUGAGAACGCAAAUCAUGGAAAUAGAUUGAUUUGA